GAUCUCGAUUGUUCUUGCCAUGGAUUUCUACAAUUUCAGCUGCCCCUCCUCCUCUUUCGUGCCCACGCAAACCACGUUUCGGUUUCGGAUUUCGUCCUCUCCACUCCAACUCAGAUUUCCAAAAUUGAAGGAAUAUGGCUUAAGAAAGUUUUCAGUGACGGCAAAGGCUUCUGGACCUGAGGAACAUGAUUCUCAAAAUGGGUUUUCAAUGAAACCGAAAAAACUAUUCAUGGAGGAGGCAAUUGGAGCUGAAUAUGGGGAAGGUUUUGAGACAUUUAGACCCAAUGGACCUCUGAAGGUCGAUGUGGAUUUUUUAAAUGAUAGAAUGCAAGAAAGUGGUCUUCAAAGGAUAAGAUAUGCUAUGAAGCCUGAUGAAGCUUUUGGUCUUAUUUUCUCUUGGGAUAAUGUUGUGGUUGAUACUCGGGCUUUGAAAUUGGAUGCUUGGAACCAACUUGCCUCUGAAGAAGGACAGGAUGUCCCAAAAGAUAGUGAGAUACAGAGGUCCAUGCUUUAUGCAGGUGCCGAUCAUGUCCUCCGUAAGGUUCUUUGUUGGGAGAAAGGCAAAGAGGAACUGGAACGACUAAAGCUACGGCUAUCACAAAUAUACUAUGAGAAUCUUCUAAACGUAGAGGCACCCAUAGAAGGAUUGAAGGAAUGGUUGGAUGCUCUUUAUACGGCUGGCAUUCCUUGUGCUGUUGUAUCUUGUCUGGAUCGUCAAAAUCUCCUUGGUUCGCUUCAGAGAAUGGGACUGCGAAAGUAUUUCCAGGCUGUUGUGACUGAGGAGGAUGGGAUGGAAUCUUUAGCUCAAAGAUUUCUUUCUGCAGCUGUCAAGUUGGAUAGGAAACCAUCCAAAUGUGUCGUGUUUGAGGAUGAUCCAAGAGGAAUUACUGCUGCUCACAAUUGUACAAUGAUGGCCAUUGCAUUGAUUGGUUCUCACCCUGCGUAUGAGUUGGACCAGGCGGAUCUUGCUGUUGCAAGCUUCAGUGAGCUUUCGGUGAUAAACCUUCGAAGAUUAUUUGCGCACAAAGGCUCUGCCUUCAUGGAUUUGCAGAAGCAGAUAGAGAAUAAGGCUCCCCCUAAGAGGAAGCUUUACAUUGACACAAUUUUCUAAUGUCUCUCUACAAUUCUUUCCUUCCUUUCUCCUCUUUUCCAAGUUCUUUGAUGUAUAGAAAUGAGCUGCAUAAAGGUGAGCUCUCUUUUUUGGCCUUGAUAGUAGCAUAUAUGUUGUGAAUAUCAUUGUGAAUAUGGUCUCCAUAAUGGUGCUUCAAUUCAUCAUGCUCUCUCCUCCA